AUGAGUAUUUACGAUACGGAUAUAAUUCAAGCUUUCAAAAUAAAAGCGCCAAAGAUAGCACGCGAAAAUAUUAUAAAUAUCCAAGAAGAAAUUUUCUUUUCUCUCUCAACUUUAUCAUUUUUUCCGUCGGAGCAAGUCACGGAUGAUGAUAAAUAUUACGAAGGCAUCGUCGUCCAAGUGAAGAGCCAAGGACGACUCUUUCGAAAAUUAUUAAACGAAAGCCAUUUAAAUAGUAAAAGAUCAGCAAAUCUAGCGAGUGAUGUGAUCGAUUAUAUUCGUAAAAUAGAUCUGACAAAAAUACAAGAGGAUAUUGAAAAAAAACGAAUUUUAUAUAAAUUGAAAAAUUCUUGCUCCCGAAUUGUCGAGGAGUGCAAACAGUUAAGCAACGGAUAUGAAGAGAUCAACUUAAAGCUUGCCGAGGCAUACGAUGAAUUAGAUAAUGCCAGAAAAAAAAGAAUUGAAUCUGUCACCAAACCUCGUCGUUCUUCUGUAUUCUCCAAACUUUGGAUAAUAGCAAAGAUAAUUGACCGAUUAGGUGAAAUUUACGCGCCUGACUAUCCAGAUGAUCCAUUUUACAAGAUACAAUUAAUCAUCGUCGAGUACCGGCCAUUCAGUUGGCUUUCAUUUUUAUCAUGCAGAAUAUUUCAAUUACUAUCUCGCAAAACGCAACCUAUAACUGAUUUGGAAGCUCGAAAUCAAAAUACAUUUGACGCGUUGCUUGCUAUAAAGAAAUUGCAAGAUAAUUUGGAAGUUAUUGUCCAAUUAGUGAAAGAUUUUGAAAAUUAUUGGACAAAUAUUUACAAACAGAUAAACGAAACAUCUACUACGAAUC